AAAACAAUACAGUAUUUAUUAAUCUUAGUUUAUGUGCAUUUUAACUCAUCAAUUUACGUCAACAUUGAACAUAGUAAUAAAUGCUGGGAAAAACAUUCUGCUCUUUGUUAUUCAUGUUAGUUCAUCUGCAAAUGUUCCCUAGUAGCCUACAACCUUACGUUAAAGUCCCCAUGAACCGGAAGUUGCGAUCGUUUUGACUUCCGUAUUCUGACGCAUUUCCGAGUGAAAGGAAAUUUCAAGGGAAGAUAUUAGUGUGCGUGGCUUGCGUUUUUACAGCGAAUUGAUUGGAUGUAAAAACACAGCUGUUGCAUUUUAAAAUAAAAGCAGCAGACUAAUCAGUUGAAGGGGAGGAGUAAACGGAUGCUCCGCCCAGGCCGUCUAAUUUACGUCAUUUAAGAUGGAUGUCAUUUCAAGUGCGUUUUCAGAUUUUAACUGGAGAUUAUGAGGGUACAUUAAUCGUAAUAAAAAAUGACCUACGUUGAUAAGCUAUUCACUAUAACCCCUUUUCAAGAAAAAAAUAAGAAUUGCAUUUUUAAUUUCACUGGGACUUUAAGUGUUACGCAGUUUUUGAAUGAACUUCAUGUUUUUUUCUGAAUGCACAUUUAUCCCUUUCGUUGUAUCCCACAUAUUUUGACAUACAAGUGAAACUAUUUUAUAUUCACAAACAUCACAGGGGGAAAAAUCCACACUCAGCAGUGUUCAGUCGGUGUGCGGUGCGUCAGUCGCCUACAUGCGGAAGCAAAAGGAACGGACGCCGGGAAUGUCACGAAUGCGAAACCGUCACCCGUCGCGCUUUCUGUUUAUUUAUAUCGAGUUGUUUCAUUAAAAUAAAAGGAGCAACGAGAGCCUCGUUCGGUAAAAUGGGCUAGUUCGGGUCUCGUUGCUGUCGACGACGUUUACGUAAUUCUCUUUUCUUCAGGUCUCCGCCGGGAAAAUGAAGUAUCGCCCCGGAUCGCUUCAGGUGCUCGCCGCAUCCUCCGCGCAUUCGAUCAUCUGCCGACCCAAUGCACCCCUUCAGUUCACUUCGAUCCCAGUUCACAGAUACUGACAUGGACUAUGAGAGGCCUAAUGUGGAGACCAUUAAAUGUGUGGUGGUAGGGGACAAUGCUGUGGGCAAAACCCGGCUAAUCUGUGCCCGAGCAUGCAAUGCCACCCUGACGCAGUACCAGCUACUCGCCACACACGUGCCCACCGUCUGGGCCAUUGACCAGUACAGAGUCUGCCAAGAGGUUUUGGAGCGAUCUAGAGAUGUAGUGGAUGAUGUAAGCGUGUCUCUACGAUUAUGGGACACCUUUGGAGACCAUCAUAAAGACCGUCGUUUCGCAUAUGGGAGGUCGGACGUGGUGGUUUUGUGCUUCUCCAUCGCCAACCCAAAUUCUCUGUCCCAUGUGAAGACCAUGUGGUUCCCAGAGAUCAAGCACUUCUGCCCUCGGGCUCCGGUCAUUCUGGUGGGCUGUCAGUUAGACCUGCGUUACGCUGAUCUGGAGGCUGUUAAUCGAGCCCGUAGACCCCUUGCAAGACCCAUCAAAGCGAACGAGAUACUUCCUCCUGAAAAAGGUCGCGAGUUGGCUAAAGAACUGGGCAUACCUUACUACGAGACCAGCGUGGUGGCUCAGUUCGGAGUAAAGGACGUGUUUGACAGCGCCAUCCGCGCUGCUCUCAUCUCACGCCGCCACCUGCAGUUCUGGAAGUCCCAUUUGCGGGACGUCCAGCGGCCGCUCCUGCAGGCGCCCUUCCUCCCCCCUAAACCUCCCCCUCCCGUCAUAACUGUCCCAGCUCCACCGUCCACCACAGAGGAACACCCGGGGCGGCUUCUGGAGGAACCCCUGUGUGCCGAUGUGCUUCUGGUUCUUCAGGAGCACCGGAAAAUCUUCGCUCACAAAGUCUACCUCGCCACAGCAUCCUCCAAAUUCUAUGAUCUUUUCCUCCAGGACAUGAAGGCCGAGACAGACGUUAGGCAACGAGAGCCGCCCGCUCGGGCUGCCAGCUUCGACGUGUGCGAGAGCAGCGAGGAAGAUGGCAAGGCCAACCUGAGGGCUUGCAUCAGCGAUGGUACCCUGGUUGGCGGAGAAACAGACUCGGACGUGAUGAGUGGUCGCGGGGGACGGCUUUUGUCUUCAUUGGGUAGAGCUUUUGUAAGCACCGGGAGGGAAACCGUGAAAGAUCCCGUUACGUUAAUCUGGCGUCCGAUGACGGUGGUGCAUAUGGACCCUUCUGUGCUGUAUGAGCCGUUUCGUGUUGUGUUGGGUUAUCUCUACACGGGACAGUUGGACGAGCAUGAGAAAGAUUUGUUGCACAUCGCUCAUAUUGCCGAGCUGCUGGAGGUGUUUGACCUGCGCAUGAUGGUCGCCAACAUCCUCAACAAUGAGGCUUUCAUGAACCAAGAGAUCACAAAGGCUUUCCAUGUGCGACGGACCAAUCGAGUGAAGGAAUGUCUGGCCAAAGGAACGUUCUCAGAUGUAGUUUUUAAAUUGGAUGAUGGCACGGUCGAGGCUCACAAGCCCCUCCUCAUCUCCAGCUGUGAUUGGAUGGCAGCCAUGUUUGGUGGGCCGUUUGUCGAAAGCUGUACAAAAGAGGUGUUGUUUCCAAACACAACUCGCAGUAGUAUGCAGGCUGUGCUGGAAUAUCUCUACACGGGUCGCUUCUGUUCCAGAACUGACCUGGACGCCAUGGAGCUCAUUAUUCUAGCCAAUCGCCUUUGCCUGCCUCACCUGGUCGCCCUUACAGAGCUCCACACUGUGUCUGUCCUGUCGGAGGCGGCUGCCAUGGAUACAGACAUUGAUGAAGAUGUGCUGGUAUAUCUGGAGAUGGCACAGUUUCACUGUGCCUACCAGCUCACCGAUUGGUGCCUUCACCACCUCUGCACCAACUACAACAACGUGUGCCGCAAAUUCCCCAGAGACAUGAGAGCCAAAUGUGCAGAAAACCAGCUGUAUUUCGAGAAGCACCGUUGGCCUCCAGUUUGGUACCUGAAAGAGGACGACCAUUACCAAAGAGCCCGGAAGGAACGAGAAAGGGAGGACUUCUUGUCCCAGAAGCGGCAGAGCAAACGCAAAUGGGUCCUCUGGAGUCUUCCUCCAUCUCCAUCAAACACCUUGUCCUCUUCUGCAGCCUCCUCUUCUUCAGACUCCUCUGCUAUAGUCUAAAGAUAUGGAGAUGAACACAUCAUAUCCCGGAGCUUCUUCAACACGGUUGAAAUAGCUAGUUCCAGAUCAUAGCACGUUAUCAAUGCGCUUUUAGGUUCUGAGAAACUCUUAUUUUAUUUUAUUUUAUUAGUCAUGCGGCUUUCAACUGGUUUUGAUUAAAUACUGGUUAUGGGUACACAAAAGUCACUUUGAAUAAAUAAACAGGAUUCAAUUA